AUGGCUGAUCAAUCUCAGAACCAGGAACUGGCUGCUGUCAACGGUUCCAACCAACUCAAGCAAUCGGCCAUCCCCUUGGAGCUCUUCCUCGAAAUUGCUGAGCACUAUGUUGACUUCGCGUACGCCAGGGCGGCAACCGACAUCUCGACAUGGCGAGUCGAAGGGUGCCCAGACGCCCUCCACCCAAUCUACAUCUCCGACAACCAAGCCUACGACUACGCCUCCCAAGUGAAACGCUGGCAGCUCGUCAGCACCCUCACCAACCUGUGCAGCAAACGCGUCUCCGACAUCGUCCACAAGACGUUCUGCCGAUUCCCCCGUCACCAUGACACCCGGGACAUUGUAGAAUGGGCGCAGUGGAUGGGGCUGGCAGUCGACCCUCCCAAACACGCCUGGGUCCUCCCAGAGAUUGACAUCUUUGUCCUCGACUUCAAAUCGACACGGUACAAGGAGGACGGCGAGAGCCUCGAGCCCCUCGAGAGGGCGAUCCUGCAGCACCGCCCGACAGGGGAGGCCGCAAGGGCCCUGGGCCUCAUCCAGAACGCCAUGUGCAGCCUGGGCAGCCUGAUGGCGGCGACCGAGACGCAGAUCCGCGCCCUCGCCUCCCUCCCGAACCUCAAGCGCAUCCAGACGUGGUGCCCGAUCCAGAGCCCCGCGCUGCCCAACGAGCCGCACGACCAUAGGGGGAUAUUACUCGUCGACCCAGGAAUCUUGCCUGAUCUUGCUGCGGAGAUUGCGGUGAGCGAGGUGCGCCUCGUGUCGAUGUGGGAGCCUCUCUUUGAGGCUGGUGUUCAGAUUACCGUUCAGCCUCGUUAUGCUUUGCGAGGAGAGAUUGAGCUCGUCCGCACUGUUGGCGGUCUGCACAUGAAGUUUCUCAGGGACGAGUGUAAGUGCUAUCGGAUGGAACUGGAUGCGUGA